AUGUCCUUAUUUCAUAUUUUAUAUAGUAAUCGUUUUAAAACAAAUGAAAGCUUCUUAACACCAAGAAAUGGUUAUACAUCUGAUAAUAUGAAACAUAAAUCAAUGAUUAAAGAACAGUAUAAUCUAUCCAAAUGUCAAGUAACCAAUGAAUUAGAAUUUGAUGCAAGAGUUAGUACUGAUUUACGCGAUGUUUGGCCUACUGGAUUAGUUGUAAAUCAAACGAAUGGAGACAUUUAUGUUGUGGAUAGAGAUAAUUCUAGAAUCAAGCUUUUUACCCAUGAUGGAACAUUUAUUUCAAGUUUAGGUGAUACAGGUGAAAUGACUGAUCGACUUAUAAGUCCAUUUGACAUCACACUAUCAUCCAGUCGGGGAAUUAUAUUUGUAUCAGACUAUCAACGAGAUGAGAUUCGACUAUUCAGCUUCGAUGGACGUUCACAGGGUACAUUAACAAAAAAUAAACUUAAACAUCCACGUGGAGUAUGUUAUGGUAUUGGAUUAUUGGCUGUUGUUGAAAGUCGACGUCAUCAUAUUAGUCUUUAUGACAUCCGAUGUGAUACUAAUUCACCAGUACAUCAAAUACCUGUUGAUAAAGGAUUAGCUGGAGAAGAAGAUAAUUCAAACAAAUUUAUUUUUAACAGUCGAACUGCGCUUACUGAACCGUAUUAUGUUGAAUUUGUUGAUGAUGGUGGAGGAUGCUUAGGUGUUACUGAUUGGGCUGCUCCAAGUGUCAAGUUGUACUCAUUAAAGACUGGUUCUUUUCUAUCUUCUAUAGGUGGUUAUGGUACAACAAAUGACAAUAUUUUACAACCUUAUGGAAUAUGCUAUGCUCCAUGGACUAGAUCAUUUCUAAUUGCUGAUCAUGUUAAUCACCGUAUACAAUCAUGUCAAAUUAAAUAUAUCAAUGAAAAUGAUAAUACUAUUCUGACAAAUGAUUUUAAUAGAUCAACAAAACAAACCAAUGGAUUGAAUCAAAUCCAUGUUAAUGGACAUAAAAUCACUUCUAUUAAUUUAUCUUCAUUGAAACCGAUUGCUGAAAAGGGUACACAUUCAAUAUGGCAUCCAAUGGCUAUUACUACAGAUAUACAACGUAAACGAAUAAUUGUAACAGAAGCAUUAGGCAAUGUUAAAGUAUUAAAAUCAAUGGAAACAAUUUAA